CUUGUGUUGUAUGCGAUUUUUUUCUAUCGCCGUGUUUCAAGUUAUAGCGCGCAAAUGCCACAAGUAAAAAUUCAAUUGAAUUUGCCAGCUUGUUACGCAUUUCCAAACAACGAAUUUUCCACAACAAUAAAAGUUGUAAAAGCAGCAGCAGCAGCAGCAACAUAAAGCGCAAAAACAGCAACAAGUCACACAAAUAACAACAAAUUGUUGCUGCUGCCUCGGUGGACUGGUUUAUGUAUUUUCUUCGCUCUCUUCUCGUGCUCGUGCUCGUGCUCGUCUAUUCGUGCGUGUUCGCGUUAUUGUCGGUGUGAGUGUACGUUUACGUGUAUUUGUGUGUGCAAAAUAACAACAACAUUUUCCACAGCUGUUUACAACUCAAAGCAUAUAAAUUUAUUAAACGCUAACAUGCAACUGCAACAGCAGUUGCCACAAGUGGCAACCCUUGCGCUACUCAAAUAAAAACCAAGUGCAACAUAAACAAUUCGAGGUGUUGAAUAAUUCUAGUGUGCAAGCAAAGUACAACAACAAUAAUAAUAACAACUUGAUGUAAAUAAAAGAAAGCUGUACCUUGUUGAGCAAUGGCGGCAGCUACAGUGAGCUCCCAUUUGGAGGCACCAGCGAACAGCGUGGAUUUGGGGUGUGGCAGUUGCGAUUACUACGAGAGCUGCGAUGCAUCGACGACCACUGUGGACACCGAUGACACUAGCGAUGAGACAACAGCGAUACUUAUCGAUAACAGCACACAAACUGAGGAUGAUGAUGAUGACGAUGAAGCAGAAGAAGAUGACGUGAAUGGGGAAAUCGAAGAGGAAGCACAACGAAAAGAGACGGCAAGAUCGCCGUUGCCAAAAAUUUUGGAAGAGCUGGAAGUUGAAGCUGAUGCUGAAAGCGAAAUGCCAAAUUGUAUACGAAACAAUCAGAAUCGAAAUAACAAUAAAAAUGUUGACGAUGAGCAAGAAGAAGCUGCGGAAGUAAAAGAGGAAGCAGAGGAGGAUGAGGAGGAGGAGGAAGAAGUGGAUGAUGUGGCUAGGCUAACGGGUUUGGCCCUAGAGAUGGGCUAUGCACGCAUUAUCGAUUACGAUAACUUUCGUAUCAUCGAGCACGUUAUCGAGAGCGACGAUGAGCCAGAUGAAGCUGCUGCUGCUGCUGCUGCUGAUGAUGACCAAGCUGACGAAGACGACAACGAUGAUGACGAUGAAGAUGUGGUGGAUAAUGUAAAAGUGCCACAAGUUUGUCAAGAUUUGGUGGCUUUCAUCGAUGAAAGCUAUCAGUUAAUCGACAAGGCCGAAGGCAGCAAUGCCAACGAAACGCCAGCAGCGCAGCAGAAUGUGGUCGAUAACAACAAUAACAAUCGCAGCGGUGCAGUGGAUCAACGCAUCACAAAGAGCACAGUACGUAAAGUUCAAAUUGCAAUCAACAAGUCCGAGGAAGCGAAACACCAACAACAGCAACAACAACAGAAACAACAGCAACCAACGCCCACAACAUCCAAUAACGCUUUGAUUAAAGCAUACAAAUCGAAUCUAACGCCAUUGGCGCCGCCAUUUCAGCCAGCAGCACUCAAGUCGCAGCUGCAGCAGUCGCUGGUCGCCAGCAGCAGCAGCAACGGAAGCAAUGGCAGCAAUGGCAACUGCAGUUUGUCAAUGGCUACAACAACAGCGCUCAGCAGGAGCACGCUGUAUGCGGCAUAUGAGCAGACAACAGUUUAUUAUCAGCAGCAUGCUCCUUCCCCGCAACAUCCGCAACAACAGCAGCAACAACAGCAACAGCAGCAGCAACAACAACAACAACAGCAGCAACAACAACAACAACAACAGCAACAGUUGUCGCCGAAGCAUCAGCAUUGUGCUCAACAUGGCGGCAUACCGCACAUUCAUCUGCAGUCAAACAAUGGAACACAACUGCUGCCCGUGCAAUUGAUUACAUUGACGCCAACGGCAACGGCUGCAACGGCCACAUCAGCAGCAACUGCUGCUGCUGCUGCUGCCGCUGUUGCUGCUGCAGGCGCCGCUACCGCUUGGCCACUUGUGGAGGCGCCAAUUUACAUGGAUAUCAAUGGCGAGUAUCGCAGCUAUUGUCCGGCUCAUGGGCCGCCAGGCGCCAAUGGGCAACCAUUGCUGUCGCAUCACCAGCAGCAUCACACACAUCAUCAUCAUAAUCAUCAGCAGCAGCAGCAACAGCAGCAGCAGCAGCAUGCACAUCACGCGCCACAUCAUCAUCAUCCACAUCUUCAGCAACAGCAACAGCAGCAGCAACAGCAGCAGGAGCAGCAACUGAAUCUCGCGAAGCAACAUUUGACACCGUCGACGGCUGCGGCGGCCGUUGUAACAAAUGUUAAUGGAAAUAUCGGCCAGGCGGCAGCAACUGCGCCCCAAUUGCAACUCUUGCAAUUGGAAGCCGUUGUCCAGCAGCAACAGCAGCAACAGCAACAACAACAACAGCAGCAACAGCCACCACAACAACGUCACCAACAACAACAACAGCAGCAGCAACAACAACAACAACAACCAAUUGCUGUUGCUGGCAAACGCAGCAAACUUUAUCGAGGUCCAACACCCGUUCAAAUGGUUUCUCACAAUCGACCGCCGCCGACAAUGACGGUGCCGGUGCAAGUGCCGCCGUACGUCAACGAGAAUGGAACACUAACCCACGUGGUGCUGCCGCAGCAAUACCAACAAUUGCAUCCCGGACAGGCUCAUCUGCAUGCAGCACCAUUUAUAAGCGCCAAUGGCACUUCGCAUUUCUAUACGCCCUUGCCUGGCUUCCCACCUGGACCAGGACCAGCUGGCAAUGGACCACCCCACUAUCAUAUGCCAGCGCCGCCGCCGCCACCAACAGCGCAGCAGCAGCAGCAGGCCUCGUCCACAGGCAGCACAGGAGCGGCAGGAGGAACAACAACGUCAUCACAGCCGCAUUUACAUUCCCCGCACUCGCCAUCGCCGCCCAACUACAGAGACGAGCGCAGCCAGCGGCAGCACACGAAGCUGCUGCGCAAGUUGGAAAAGCAGCGCGAGCUGAACUCUGCCAUGUCCACGCCCACGCAUUCACCAUCGCCACGACGCAACGACAUCAAUGGACAUCACAACAACAACAACAACAUUCCAAUGGCACAGCACAUGCACAACAAUGGACGUCGUAUAGCGCAGCAACAACAGCAGCAGCAACAACAUCAACUGCAGCACCAGCAGCAACAACAACAGCUUCCACAACAGCAACAACAACAACAGCAGCGCAAUGGCCACGUUCCUAAUCGCGGUGGCAACUCUGUGGGCACCUCAGAGGAUGGCGAAGACAACUCGAGCUUGGCCGCCGAAGAUGAGGAAGACUAUCAGUCGUCGAUUGUCGAACAAAUCUCGGCCAUUGAGAAACCCGAUGUUAUCGAAGUCAGUUCGAGGUCGGCGAAAAUCAUUUGGGUAUCGCCAGCGAUCACAGAUGCCAUGCUGGUGGAUCUGCAAGAGCUGCGCUACGAGGUGCUGCUCAGCGACACGGGCAAACAGUGCAAAUACAAGAGUCUCUACCGAGGCGAGGCAAACGAGUGCAUUGUGCAGGAUCUGCAGCCGGGCCAGGAGUAUCUGGUGCGUCUGCAGGUGCACUACAAGCAGCUCCAGGGGAGCGUCAGCGAACCCACCGAGUUCAAGACUCCCGCCUGCGAACCAGAUCAACCUCUUGCCCCCAAACUGGUGUCGCGCACCAAGAAUUCGAUCAAUCUACGCUGGACAGCGCCCUCCUACAAUGGCGCCUUCAUCCAGCACUAUCUGCUGGAGUAUGACGAGGGAAGGGGCAAUGCGCUGCAGUUUGUAGAGCUGGCCAAAACGAAGACCAAACACUAUUUGAUUAGCAAGCUGCAACCGACCACCGUUUACAGUUUUCGCCUGGCCGCCGUCAACGAGGUGGGCCAGUCGCUGUACUCGCCGGUGAUUAGCUACAGCACUGCGGGCAAUCCGCCCACAGCGCCCAAGGCUCCCCAGCUGCAGGCAAGCACGACGAGCACGCUGCGUCUGGUGUGGGAGCGUCGCGCCCAAGAUGGCGACUUUCUGCUGCAGCUGCAGGACCUCGAAUCGGGUCAUGGCUACAUGAACAGCUACAAGGGCAGCGACACACACUACGAUUGCCUGCAGCUGCGACGCGCCACCAGCUAUCAGUUUCGAUUGCGCGCCGAGAACGAUGCCGGUGUCUCGCCCUGGUCCGCUGAGGUCAGCUACAACACAGCCGCGGAACGUCCUGGGCGACCGGGCAAACCGCAUGCCAAGGGCAAGCUGCAUGGCACACACUUUAAGGCGCGCUGGGAGGCGCCUGCGGACACUGGUGGCGCCGACAUCUUGCGCUAUCACCUCGAGUUGAGUGCGGGCGCCAAUUUCGAGCGCAUCUAUACGGGCAGCGAAACGGAAGCGAUGUGCGAGCGUCUGCAGCCGGGCACCACGUACCAGUUGCGUGCCUGCUGCGAAGGACCUGCUGGUCAGAGUCCCUUCUCGGACAUUGGCAACGUGACCACCGAGGCGGUGACGCCCACAGCGCCACCUCCACCGCAUUGCGAUGCACCGCCCACGCCUUAUGCGGCGCUGUUGCGCCUCAAUCAGCCGGAGUACAAUGGCGGUGCACCGGUGCUGGAGUUUGAGACGCAAAUGCGUCAGCUGGACGAGGCGACGCCCAAGAGCGUGUAUCGCGGCAAACAGGACUAUUUUGUGGCACAGCAACUGCAGCCGGGCUGCAUCUAUGAGGUGCAAGCGCGUGCCAUCAAUCGCAUUGGCGCCGGCAACUGGUCGCAAUGGAUGCGCUUCACAGCAGCCGCCGCACCUCCCGGCGCACCUGAAGCCCUGCAAGUGCUGGUGAAAUCGGCCACACACUUGAGCGUCAGCUGGCAGCCACCACAGGUGACAAAUGGUUCCGCGGUGAGCGGUUACAAUUUGCAGAGUGCCAGUCAGCAGUGUGAGGAACCCGAAGCAGAGCCAUCGAGCACACAGUUCCAUGGCUGCUACCAGGGAGCCCAGACGAAUGUGGAGCUGCGCAAUCUGUUGCCCUACACACGCUACUAUCUGCGUGCGCAGGCGAUCAAUGCCGCCGGCUCGGGGCCAGCCACCGAGGUGGUUUGCGUCUCAACACCAGCUGCUGUGCCCGGUGCACCACAGAUGCAGGGCUACGAGUUCACCGCGCAAGAGGUGACACUCAACUGGACACAGCCGGCGACGCAUGGCAGCGAGAUCUGCAGCUAUAACAUUGAAUAUGGCGAGCGUACGAUUGCCACGCCAGAUGCCUGCACCCGUUACACCGUUGUGGAUCUGACGCCCGAGACGAGCUACAAGUUCCGUGUGCAGGCGGUGAAUGCCAUCGGUGCGGGAGCCUUUAGUGCCUAUGCCAAGUUGACAACGCAACCGGCGCCGCCUUCGCCGCCACGUCUGGAGUGCAGCGGUGCGGGACACAAUUACAUCAAGCUCAAGUGGAACGGCAACAACUCGGUGUCAUCGGCGCCCGGAGUCGACUUUACCAAGUACUUUGUGGAGAUGUAUGUGGCUCGUGCCAAGCAAUUCCAGAGCGUCUAUGCGGGCACCAACAGCAUGUGCAAGAUCCACAAGCUGCAGGAGCGCAGCAGCUACACAUUCCGCAUCUAUGCGCACACCGAUCGUGCCGGCGAUGGUGACUACUCCGAGGAGUACGUCUUUGCCACCACUGCCACGCUGCCGGCAAAUAUUAAAGCACCUCGCGUCGUGCCCGACAGCAGUGUCUGUGUGAUGGAUCAGGCCGGACAGCUGGCGAUGCAGUUGACACUCGAGUGGCAGCACUCGAAGAACAGCUUCCACGAUCGUGUCGAGUAUCAGUUGCAGUAUGCUGUGGUCACCGCUGAACUGGAUGCCCUCGAGUCGCCCAAGACGCGUGGCACGAACGACAGCAACGUGGCGCCCAUUGCGCUGAGCAAUCAGGAGUAUCGACAACUCUAUCGCGGUCCCGAGACCAAGUUCACCAUUGACAAUCUGGCUGCGGGCACCUGUUACCAGUUUCGUGUGUGCGCUGUCCGUGUCACAUCAUCGGGCGAGCUGUUCCCCGGCCAGCCGUCGACAGCGCUGCGCUAUCGUGUGCCCAACGAGCUGACGGCCAGCCCCUUGGCCUGCCACCAUUUGCAUGGCGGCAAUGCAGCGGCUGCGCCCGCCCAGCAGCGCAACAGUCGCAAAUUGUCGGCGAGCAAUGGCUCCAACAUCAAUGGAUUGCGUUCGGUGAGCGCGUCGGCCAUCAGCGGCAGCUGUGGCGUUGGCGCCGAUCCACAGGCGAUUAGUCGCCUGCAGAAUGAGCUAUCUGGUGGCGGUGGCAGUGCAACGUUCAAUGCAUGCGGCGAUCCACUGCACCAUCACCAUCAUCACCACCAUCAUCAUCAGCAUCCGCAUCAGCAUACGCAUCAGGCGUGUCCCGUUGAACUGGCCACCGGCAAUGGCAAUGGCAACGGCAACGCAGCAUCAGCAGCAUCCAUAGCACCAUCCUCCACACUGCAGUUGCGCGGCAAUAGCGUGGCCGCACAUCACAUGCAUCAUCAGCAUCAUUUGCAUCACUCGCACAUGCAUCAUUCACACUAUGCGCACGCCUCGGUCGGUGCAGGAGCGAGCAGUGGCAACGGUGGCAAUGGCAGUGGCAGCAACAGCAGCGCCAGCAGCAGCAGCUACAGCUACAACAGUCUGGCACAUGGCGGAGCAGUGCGUCGGGUCAUCUCUAAGCUGACGGCACUAUACUACAAUCGCAAGCGAUUGACGGAUCAACAGAAGGCGGUCUUCUUUGUGGUCUCCUUUGUGUUUGUCACCUUCCUGGUCGCCAUGCUGGUGCACAUGCUCUGGGGCUAGACAAGAGAAGGAGAAAGCAAGAGAGAUAGAGAGGAGAGAGAGAAUAGAGUAAUAGUAGGGGAAGCACACUUGAUGUUUGAUGUCUCAAAUAAGUGAUCGUCGAUUGCCUAGUAAUUACACAUUGUAUUUGUAUUUUUAUAUAUAUUAUAUGUAUGUACGUAUACGUAACGUGUCAACAACCAACCUGUAAAUUGCCUAAACAAAACGAAAGAGAAAACAUACAAGAAAAAUAUGUAAGCAGAACACUCACACAUACCUUUACAACUUUAGCCAGAACUGUAUUAAAUGUACACAAUACUAUAAUGGAUCAUGACGAUGUUGAUGAUGAUGAUAAUGAUAAUGAUGAACGUUCCCUUUUUGCCGAGAUCAAAACAAUUUACAAUUACCAAUUAAUGAAUUAUUCAUGCAUGCAUACAUACACACAUGCAUACACGUAAAUGUUUUGUAAAUGAUAUGCUAUUUACUUAAAGAAUCUAUAUACAUAUACAUCUCUAUAUAUAUAUAUUUAUAUAUGUAUACAUACAUACAUAUAUAUAAUUGUUUGUUACUAAUCGAAUCACAAACAUAUGCUUCUAUGUAUAAUAAUUAAUUUACACAGACACACACACACACAAUCACACAAAUCUCUCCAUAUGUGCUAUAGCAUUCUGUGCAACAACAAAAACAACAACAACUAAUUCUCAAUGUAUGUGUACAUAAGAAAACCAAAACAAACCGAUAACAACAACAAAUUAACGAUUAAUAAUGAAGAAAGCGAUUUAAGUAUAAUCGAGAAACUUUUUAGAAAAAACCAAAAGAAAGCGCCUAUCGAUUAUCGACUCGAUGACUCGAUAACUUGUUGCAUAUGUACUAUAUAUGUAUAUGUAUGCAUGUAUGUAUGUGUGUGUGCGCUGCAUGUUACUAAAAGCUAAUUGCUGCGAAACUUGUUAAAUGCAAAAAAUCCGAAUAACGAAAAGUAUGAAUUUAUUAGUCUCUAUUCCUAGUAUACUAUACUACUUAACUGCAAUCGCAACUGCAUCCAAAAUACAUUUGUAUGUAAGUAUGUAAUGUUUACACAAAUUACACAAUUUACAAAUUGUUCUCUCGAUUUGCCAAUCGCUAGAUAAACGUCCUUCCUCUUCCGACAGCGCAACCAGCUUUUUUCAUUCUUCACAAAACCAAAACAACUAUUAUCCCAAAUUUAUUACGAUAAACAUUAUAAAACGAAAGAAAAAAGGAAAAAAAGCAAGCCUCAAUUCGUGGGCUGCUGCAUAAUAUGCAAUACGAAACAAAAUAGUAAUAAUAAUGAAAAAAAGAAAUACGAUAAAUUGUACUAACCAAUUAUUCCAGAGCUUACAUGAAUAUGUUGUCGGUGUUAAUGUCAUGUUAAUGCAAAAUCAAAAAUGAUAAAACGAAAAACCAAAAUUAUUGGUCAAUUUUUGACUCUCAUCCAUGUGCGUGCUAUACACAUAUAGCCAAUCCCAACUAGACAAGGCUCUCAAAUCUACACACACAAACACAACUCACACACUCUUAUAAAAAUACACACUAUACAUGAAAAAUACAACAAUUUAAGAAAAGAAAAUAUAGUAUAUAAAGCACUUAUAUACUACAUUUUCUUUUUGCAUGUUUAUAAAUAUAUUUUUUACACAAAAAAUACAAAAAAAAGAAAAACGAAAACAAAAAACAAAAGAAGAUGAAAAUAUUUAGUAUAUAUAUGAUGAGAAUAUAUUUGAAAUUUAUAGCCUAAUGCAACGCAAAGUGAUUUAUAUUCCAAUUAUUAUUAUUUUUCUAAAUAAAUAAAUUAAUGUAAUCGUUUCUUUCCAUAGUUUAAUAUAUAUAUACAUAUAUAUAUAUAUUAUAUAUGAAAAAUCGAAAGAAUAAAUUUAAAACAAAAGAACAACAAAAUGCAAAAAAAAAAUAAAAAAGAAAAAUAUAAAAAAACAGAAAAAGAAAAAAACACAAUAUGUAUGUUUACAACGGUAAAUGGUUACAAUAUAUAAACGUAUAUAUAUAUACAGAUAUAUAUUAGCAAAUUACUGUACUCUUUGUCGAUUUAUUUGUUUAUUAUACAUACAUACUUACAUAUGUCAUACAAUGCAACAAAUUAUACAAUUUAUUUGCAAAAGUAUACAUAUAUAUGAAUCAUUUCAAAUAAAUGCGAUAUACAAAUACCUUAA